GAGAGAGAGAGAGAGAGAGAGAGAGAGAGAGAGAGAGAGAGAGAGAGAGAGAGAGAGAGAGAGAGAGAGAGAGAGAGCAUGGCGGGGAGCGAAGUUGAUAAAGUACCUCCGAUUUUUGAGAAGUCGUUAAAGGAAGUACAGACGGCUAUGGCAGACAUGGAGUGCCAUUUGUCAACGUACUUUGCUGUCCCACAACGAGAUUUGCAGAGACACUUGUCGCCGUUACGACGUGCCACAGUCCACGUGACCCUUGCUCAGGCCGUCAAUGUCCUGUUCUGCUUCCUUUUGAAGGCACGAGGAAUAGCUAUGGAGGACAGCAUUGCGAAGAAGGAGAUGGAGAGAGUUCGACUCUACGCAAAGAAGGUGGAGGCCGCUGUUGACAAGAUCAACCACCCAAAGCCGACGAUGAUGCUAGACCUAGCGGCAACCAAUCGUUUCAUUGAAAGUGCCAUUCCUGAUCUGACAGCAGAACAGAGGAGGAAAGUACGUGACCUGGCAAACCAACACAGGGAGAGUAGGAAGCGACAAGCGGAGGGAAGGGAAGAGGAGGGGGAUGAGGAGGGCGAGGGAGGGGAGAAGGAGGGGGAAGAAGAGAGGGGACCGGCCGUAGGGGCGGAGAUGAUGCACACGAAGAAGAAAAAGAAGAGAAACAGGCAAAGAGGAGGCACAGGCAAACGAGAUGUAACUAUGGCGGCUGCAGCCUUCUUGGCCCAAGCUUUGAACGAAGCGAAUGAGGUCAAGAAAGGUACGGGUGAUGACUCGGACGAUGAUUCGGACGUAGCCGGUGCUGAGUUGGGAAGCGCUGCUCCCUGACCAGCAGCAACAACAACAACAGCAGGAGUACGAGGAGACUGCAUGCUGAAAAAGAAUGUGUAAUGCACUGGGCGGCGAAGAUCAAGAUGGAGAGAGAGGAUUGGACGAUGAGGAUGUGACCAGGAAGGGAAGGGGAUGCAGAAAGGAUAGUGAUCGACAGAGGACAGGGAGAGGAAGGGCAUUGGGGGGAUCAUGAUGGGCAGGCGAGCGAGCUGCACAGAUGAACCUCGCUCAGGCUACGUGAUUGACAGCAUGGUGACAAAGGGAAGGGAGGAGGAUCGUGAUCGACUGGGAGGCAAAGAAGGUGGACUGAUGGGGAUGGCCUGAUGAAGAAGGCAAGGGGGGGCGUCAUGAUAGACAACGCGGCCAGCAAGGUGGACACAUGGAGAUUGAGAAAGGACGGUGAUCGACUGAGGACAGAGAGAGAGAACGGGAAGAGGGGGAAUCAUGAUUGACAGAGGGAGAGGAAGGAAAAGGGGAGAGGGGGGUUAGGCUGCCAGCAAGCUGCACAGAUGAGCCUCGCUCCACUGCUCACGACAUGCACAAAAGAGAAAAGAUGUCGCGGUGUAUUUUCCCAUUUCGGCCAGCAAUCAAGAAAAGACGGCAACGGACAGAAGGGAAAGGGGGAGAUCAUGAAUGGGCAGGCUGGCCGGCAAGCUGCACAGAUGAUCGACAGAGGACGGAGGGAGAGGAAGGGAAGGGGGGAGAUCGUGAUGGGCAGGCCGGCCAGCAAGCUGCACACAUGGGCCUCACUCAGACUCUUGCCCAUAUCUACAGAGCCAACAUUGUCCUGCGUGCUCUGUGCUGCCAGAAUUCAAGCGGCAACGAUGGCCGGCCUAUGACAUGUUCCCCCCAAGCGGACAGAAAUCAAGCAGCAGGGAUGAU